CAAUCGUACAGCUACGGGCCUUGUGAUGAGUGGAUCGCUAUACCGUGAAUCAGUGCCAUUUUCAAAGGCCGAAACGGCACGACGAUUAUGAGCUGACGGUAGCACGUUACUAGUUUGUCUUUAAAGAGAGUGAAUGAGAGGGAAGAGAGACAAUUUGGGAAUGGAGUAUGGAGGAGGGGCUGUCCUGUUCCUACUCAUCCUUCUGCUGAGCUCCUUGUUACGUGCUGGAGGUGCCCCACCACGUGAGGAACAACGUCCGAUAAAUCGGAGCUCCUUCCCGCCUGGAUUCAUUUUCGGGACCUCGUCUGCCGCUUAUCAGUACGAAGGAGCAGCUGAGGAAGACGGCAAAGGCAUCAGCAUAUGGGAUAAUUACACGCGCACACACCCAGAAAAAAUAAAGGACCAAAGCAAUGGAGAUAUAGCCGUGGAUUUUUAUCAUCGUUACAAGGAAGAUGUGAAGAUCAUGAAGGAAAUGGGGUUCGACGCAUUCAGAUUCUCCAUAUCUUGGACCCGAAUAUUGCCUAAUGGAAGACUGAGUGGUGGAGUGAACGAGGAAGGCAUCAAGUAUUACAACAACCACAUCAACGAGCUCUUAUCCAACGGUUUACAGCCCUUCGUAGUACUUUUUCACUGGGAUUUCCCACAGUCCCUUGAUGACGAGUACGGAGGCUUCUUGAGUUCCAAAGUCGUGGCUGAUUUUCGAGACUACGCAGACAUCUGUUUUAGAGAAUUUGGAGAUAGGGUGAAGCAGUGGAUCACCUUGAGCGAGCCGUCGAUGUACAGUGCUGGUGCAUAUGCAUUAGGAUUGGAGGCUCCUGGUCGCUGCUCUUCUUGGGAAAUGAGUAAUUGCAGCCGUGGGAAUUCUGCAACGGAGCCGUACAUUGUGGCACACAAUCUACUUCUUGCACAUGCAGAAACUGUAAAACACUACAGAGACAAGUAUCAGGAAUCUCAAAAGGGCAUUAUAGGAAUAAUCAAUAUGGCCGACUGGUAUUUGCCAUUGUCCACAUCUGAGGCCGACUAUAGAGCUACCCAACGAGCUAAUGACUUUAUAAUUGGAUGGUUUAUGGACCCUUUAACCAAUGGUGAAUAUCCAUCUAACAUGAGAACUUACGUGGAAGAUCGGCUACCGAAAUUCACAAAAGAGCAAUCUGAUAUGUUGAGAGGAUCGUUCGAUUUCAUGGGCCUUAAUUACUACACUUCCAAUUACGUGGCUCAUGUUCCUCCUUCUGAUACCAUCCGAGAAAGCUACACAACUGAUUCACAUGCUAAACUCACGGGAGAGAGAAAUGGGAUCCCCAUUGGCCCCCAGGGUGCUUCUUCAUGGUUGUAUGUGUACCCACAAGGAAUCCGAGAUCUGUUGAUCUACCUAAAGGAAAGAUACAACAACCCCAUUAUUUACAUUACUGAGAAUGGAAUAGAUGAGUUCAACAACAAUUCCUUGUCAUUGGAGGAAGCGCUGCAAGACAACAUGAGGGUCGAUUACUAUCAUCGUCAUCUUUUAUUUGUUCAAAGUGCCAUCAGGGAUGGUGUAGAUGUGAGGGGGUACUUUGCAUGGUCACUGUUAGACAACUUCGAAUGGGCAGAUGGCUUUACAGUGAGAUUUGGCCUUAAUUACGUGGAUUAUAAAGAUGGUCUAAAGAGAUAUCCAAAGCAAUCCGCCCUUUGGUUUAAGCAGUUUCUCAGAGGGUGUGAAGGUGCAGAGAAUUCCAUCUCUACCAUAUGAUAGGUCGGACAUGGACCACAGUAUCAAUACAGGUACGUCAUUACAUAAUUUGUGGAACUAUUGUAAGAAUCAUCCUUUCAAGGUGAAUAUUGAAUAUUGUACCCUCCGUUUUAGUGCCUAGAAGAUGGGCGGUUUUAUUCAUCCAAUCAUGUUUGUA